AUGUAUGUAGCGGAUCAGUCCGAUACAAUUCUUUCAGUACCUCAAAACAAGGGUAGAGAGGGUAUGACCUACCUUACCUGGGUUAUCGAUGACUACGCUUCUCUGCCCGACAUUACCAUCUUCUUGCACGCAGAACGGUACCAAUGGCACAAUGAUGAUCCGCUAUGCGAUGGCGCUCGUACGUCUCGGCUACAACUACCUUAUGUCCUUGAGCAAGGAUAUGUCAACCUUCGCUGCGUGUGGACUAUUGGAUGUCCACAUGAGAUACAAUCGUUGAGCCACCAGGUUGACGAGAUCACGAGUGAAACCCAUACCGAUCAAGUCUAUGCAGCUGCCUUUCAAGAGCUCUUUCCCAGCAUACCAGUUCCCGAAAGUGUUGGUGUAAGCUGCUGUGCUCAGUUCGCAGCCACUAAAGAUGUCAUUCUCUGGCGACCUAGAGCAGAUUACGAGAGGUACAGACGUUGGCUACUCGAGACCAAACUAGAAGAUGGACUGAGUGGGAGGGUUCUAGAAUACUCAUGGCAUAUCAUCUUCGGGAAAGAAGCCGUCUUUUGCCAGAGGGCAGAAGCCUGUUACUGCAAAUUGUAUGGUUUAUGCGACUUGCAUUGCGAAGAAGAAGGCGAAUGUCGCGAGCAAUACACUUUGCCGCCUUACUCGACGCUCCCAGAAGGCUGGCCCUGGUAUGGUUGGGAUAGCCAAUGGCAGAAUGCCACGAUAAUGUGA